AACUUUUUACAUUCAACAUAUUUAAGUUUUGUAAUAAAUAUACACAUAUUUGCUACCAUGUCUGCGAGCGAAAAGGACCAGGAUAAUAAUCCGGAUGUGAUACUGGACAAGCUGUUACGGAAGGCACGCGCCAAAGAGUCGCGCUGGGAUCGCAUACGCCGCAAGCACCUGAACAAUCUGACCGUGACAUCCAAGACGGUGAAGAAGUUCAUCAACAUGGACUUUGUCGAUGAGAGCCAGUUGCGGCUGCUAAUGGCUGGGGAGAGUGCUGGCGGUGGGGCGAAACCGAUGCUCGAUCCGGUGCUGGUGAUGGACAUUAGACACGAGAUGAUACGCCGGAAGGAGGAUAGGGUUUGCAAUGGUGACGCACGGCCGAAAACCUCCAUCGAUCCGGUCAAAGCGUACCAGCAGGAGAAUCUGGAGAACCACAACCGGUCCAUCGAGCUGACGCUGUGCGAGAACGAGCUGAACAAGUUUCGCAAACAGCUGGAGCAGCUGGGUGGCGCCGGACAUGGAAAGAAGACUCAAGUAAGCUCCCAAAAGCGUAGCAUUCUGUACAUCAACAUUCCCAAGAUUGACAAUGGGAUGAUUUACGAGAGCUUGGAAGAGUGUGAACGGUACACGACCCACUUUUACCAGAGUGCGAUCGAGGGAACUGAGCAGCUGUUUGAGGAGGGCCAGGAUGAGCCGCUGGGGCUGCUGAAAGAGACGGCGACGAUCGAAGAAAUUGUUGAUCGUGAGGAACUGGAGGUUGAGCCGGUUGAGGUUCCCGAGAUGAAUCCACCAACAGUGGGUCCUGUGCUAGAACAUCACCUCAACGGAAACCAUCACGAACCGGAAGCGGAUGUCGCCGAACAGGACGAGGACAGCAAGAUUGUGCGUUUCGGAAACACUGAAGUUAUCACGUUCCCGGCAGACGACGAAUCAUCCUUCUCCCUUGGGUCGGAGUACGACUUUGAGGAUAACGAUCUGUUUCUCGAAUCGCUCGACUCCGACGUGGAUGAGUUUGACGAGACAGAGUUCCAAUCGACCGAUAGCACCGCGGACCACUCGGGUGUAAAUGGGGAGGAGCGCGACAAUAAGCGUGACUCACUACCGACGGACAGUAGCGAGUGUCUCACCAUAUCACGGCUCGAUACGUCCCACAGUGGGUCGAAGGAGGAGGACACCAGUUCGGGAUUUUCGCGCCAGAAGCUCGUCUACAACUAUGACGACGACGAAUCGGAACUGCUGGAGAUUGCACCAUCCGCGGAGAAGCUUUCGAAAAUGGAUCCGAUCAUGGUGCGGAAGUGUGAUUUGAAGGAUUACAGUGAGCUGUGCGUUACGAACUACAAACCCGACCCGGACAGCAAGGACGAUCGGGUCGAGCUGACGGAGGAAUCGCGCAAGGUGAUCAGCAACGCGCUGAAGGAGGGCUACCUGCAGAAUCACGACCGUGCGAUCCUGAAGCAGUACUUCUUCAAGUGGUUGCAGUACACGAUCUUGGAGAAGAUUUCCAAGGGUGCCGGUGUUACGAGCACCCGGGAGCAGAAGCUCAAGCGCAUCAACGAUUUCAUCAGCAACAUCCGGCACAGUCGCAAGAAGGGAUCGCUGCGGGCGGGUAAACCAGCGACCGAAGCGGGUCAGCCCGCAUCGGUUAAGAAGGAGUACGAGCAUCGGCUAAAGGUGCAGCAGGACAUUAUCGAGCUGCAGAAGCUAAAGCUCGAACGGCAGGAACGCAUCAUCACCGAGCUGAAGCUGUCCAAAUUUUCCGAAGCGUCCAAGAUAUCGAAGGCGGAGAUUCAGAGCGAACUGUUAAAGGCUGCCCGCACCGGGCACGUCCGGUUGCGUGCGAAGGCCAAGUGUAUCCAGAUAGUGGGCAACAUCAAGCCGGACACGUCGGAGGAGGACGAAAUGCGUAAGCUGCAGGCGCAAGGGCUGAUGAUACCGAAGUUCCUGGCCAAAAUGCAGCAGCGUGCCCUGGAGCGCAGCCAGCGGCACCAGGAAGCGAAGGAGCGCCGCAUGAAGCUGGAGAAGGAGCGGGAGGACGCUAAGCAGGCAGCCGAAGAAGCGAAGCGCCAGGAGGACGAAGAUGCCCGCAAGCGCCGGUAUCGCGAGAUGCGCGAAAAGCGCAAGCUGGAGAAGCUGCAGAAGAUCAUCCGGGAGCAGGAGCGGCAGGCGUGGAUCGCGAACAACCAGAUCGCGAAGGAGUUCCGGCUGCUCAAGCUGAAGCGCUUCGGGAUGCACGCGUUCAAGCUGCUGCUGGGCAUACGGCACGAGAACGAACGGCGCUCGGUCGCCUACAGGCGACGGUACUACAAGCGCAAAUACUUCCGCCGAUGGUGGUCCCUCACGAACGCGCUCUGGGAGAGCAAGAAGGCGAUGGCGGACGGGCUGCACGAGUGCAAGCUUUACCGGUUGGCGGUGCGGCACUGGCAAACUUACAUGCACGAGCAGCGCUGCAAGCUGCAGGUCGCCCUCGAUUGGUACGAGGUGCGGAUGACCGAGAAGGUCAUUUCCAUCUGGAUCGGAAAGACGAAACAGUCGCUGAUGAUACUGCAGGGCAAGAUGUCCCACGCUGCUUCCCACUACGAAUGGCAACUCAAAUGGAAAGUCUUCGAACGGUGGCAACGGCUGCACAUUAUCCUGCGCAUCGAGAAGGAAACGGAAAUGCGCCGUCAGCGUUGGCGGAUGAAGAUUUGGGAACUGCUGCCCGACUACAAACCGAUCGAGGAGGAUAUCUAACGGAGGACUCUUCUACCUACCCCCGUAGUCUGACUUUACCCCAUUUUUUUGAACCAGUAGACCAGUAGAAUUACCUUACUAAGAACUUAGAACUGCCUGAGAGUUUUUUUUCUAGUCGAUUUUUGUGGGACAUGUGUUUCUGUAGGACUCGUUUUUUAUAGACUUUUUCGCGUAAAAUAUACACCCUUUCUUGACCACUUCA